AUGUCACACCCAAUUGAUAUUCAAAAUGUCAUUAAAGAUAUAGAAGUUCUAUAUACAUCCAAAGAUGCUGAUCAGAUCCACGUUAUACAAGAUAGACUACAACGGUUUCAGAAAAGUGAAAAUGGAUACGAACUAGGUAUUGAAUUGUUGAAGCAUGAUGCUCCUACAGUCAAAUACUUUGGUGCAUUGACCAUAACUGUAUUCAUCAACACUUUUGGGUUGGUUCCCGACUAUUUGCAACCAUUUGUGCAAAUUCUGCAAAUUAUCCAGAAAUUGGCCCAAAACAACUUUUCUGGAAACUUGUUUGUUAUCAAGAAAUUGUUGAGCUGCUUGUCAUUGAUUUAUAUACAAAACUACGAAAACCUCGACCCAAUUCAAACUUUUAUUAGUGUAGUAGGCAACGGAGGUCAAAAUAGCAACCACGAGCAGGCCAAUACCAUAAGGGACUACCUUUCCAGUCUAAACAAUUUUGAAGAGAUAAAGUUGUUUUUAACUCACUUGGAGAUUUUGGCUGAGGAUUUUAUAAAGUACACCGACAAUUCAAGCAAAAUACACAAUGCCAUUUAUGACACGAUAUACAUUCACCUACAGAGCACUUUUUUAUACCUCUUGGAUCAAUAUGAAGUACUUGCGUUGGAAAUUAGUUUACUACUGUUGGAUUGUCUCAACUCAUGGAUUCCUUACAUACUGUUGGCAGAAACACAAUCUGAUGUGCGAUAUACAGACAAAGUUGAUCCACUAAUUCGUUAUUUAUUAACACCACUAAAUCAUCCAAUUUCAUUUGAGUCCGAAACAAUGGAGAUGUACAACAAGUCCAUCUCGGCAUUGACGGAAUUUGCAGAACAUUUGCCAAGACUAUUGAACCCACAUAGAGAUGCUAUAUUUAAUACGUUGUUAACAGAAAAUAGUUUUGGGUUGCUGCUUAUUUCCCAUGCUUUCACUGAAAAGGAGUUUUUAGAAGAAUACCUGAUGGAAAUUGACAAUCUUAUCAACUUGAUUGUGGCAUUUUUGAACCUAAACUUGGUACAAAUCACGCGAAAUUUGUUAAACGAAGAAAUAUCAAAAGUAUUGCAAACUGCGAUUUCUUUGACUAAUGCGCCUGGUAGGGCUACGAUUGAUGAAAAUAUUAGUUCACAAUUUCUUAAUUUCUGGGACGAUUUUGCAAAUACUCUUGUUGACGAUGCAGAUGCAAUAAAAGAGAUUUACUCUGACCCAGCAAGUUACAAUACAUAUACCAAACAAGCUAACCAAGUGCUCAUGGAAGUAGCAGUGGUGUAUUUCAAAAAGAUUCAACAUCAACAUCAACAACAACAACAACAGGGACCCAACUUUACGUCUCAAGAAUUUUCAAGGUUCCGUACUUUGGUUGCAGACCUGUUUAUUGUGUUUUACACAACAUUGGGCAUUCCUCUUCUAUCUACAUUAAGUGAUGUAGUUGGAUCACAACCAGUAGAAACUGAAGCUGCAAUUUUCCUUAUAUACAAAAUUAUAAGCGAUAUACAGUUCUACGAUGAUGAACUUGGUAACGGUUUUGAUAAUGACCUUGCUGAAGGCAAUGCUGGCACAGUAGAAGCGGGGACGGAAACCAAAGAAGGUGAAGGCAGUAACAGACCACGCGAUUUAUGUCGAAUUAUCAAAAACAUUUUUGACAAAAAUCUAAUUCUUAUGGUGGAAGAUAACUCACUACUGGAUCAAUCUUUAGCAACCAGUGUUCUCAACUUGAUGUCUGUUUUACCUUUUUUCUACAAAUCUCAUAUCGGCAAUCCAUACUUGGGCCCUAGCUUUGAUUUCCUUUUCAAGUUGAUAAAUAACAAAGCAAAUCCCAAGAUGUCUCUCGUUGCUUCACGAACAGUAUUGAGGAUAUGUAAAGAUACAGAAGAACAAUUGAUUCCAUUUUUACCGCAACUCGAAUUGGUGUUGGUUGAAAUGUUGCGCAAUCCUUUGAUAGACAACAUCAUCAGAGAACGCAUUACAUUCUCAUAUGUUUCCAUAGUGAGGUCCUUAAAGAACCCUCAAGAGUUGAGCUCCAAGAUUGCUGCUAUAUUGCAUGAAAUUAUACAGCAAAAGCCAAACUUGAACGAGGAAAGUAUGGAGGAUUAUUCAACAAGUUUGGUAGCAUGUCUUAGUGAGAUUGGAAAAGGCUCGAGCUACCCAGACGAAGUCGAAGACUAUUUAAAUGCACAACAAUUGCUUGAAACGAAUAAUUAUUGGAAACAGGAUGCAAUGGGUAUACGUCCAGCAAUUUUGGAAACAAUCAAACUCUUUUCAUUGGAUAUUCCCUUUUUGGCGAAAAAUACAAUAGUCACUGAAAAGUGUUGCAAUAUUUUAAAAGCCGGUUUCCACGAGUCUCUUCCUGGUCCAUUCAGCUUUACAGUCGAUCAAAUCUUGCAAUAUAUUGUCGCAAAAGCCCAGUCUUUUUUGUCCUCGGUGGAUUCUUCUAGUUGCUCUAUGCUUUACUACCUUCAUCAGUUACUAAUUAGUGUGAUAAUCACACAUUUCAAGAGCCUUACACAGGACCAAAUGGAAAUCACAAUCACCAAUAUAUUUACAAAUGUCUCUGAGAUGAUAUUAACAGACGUGGAUUUAGUCAAGUCCUCUCUUGACAUUUUUAUAACUAUUUUGGACUACAAGCCAAGUUUAUUGAUAUACACUGGGCUAUUUUCGAAUUAUAUUAUACCAUUCGCUAUUACUGCAUUUGGAAAACACGAAGUACCUGUGUUGAAGUCGACAACCAAGUUUUGGAAUCAAUUGGUUACCAUGAAGAAAGGAAAACAAGCUGAUCAAGAAUUUGUACGUCACUUGCUAAUACAAACCAGUCUUGGUAAUGAUAAUGGCCAAAUAUCAAUCGGGUAUAAUUUCAUUGAUAGCCUACACCAAUCUUUCAUACUUAGUCCCAGGUCGUGUUUAGAACAUUAUUAUCAGCUAUACCGUAUUUUGAUUGUUAAAUAUCCAAUGGAGUUUAAAAACUGGUUAACCCAAGUAUUGGCGAAUUUGCAAGUUGGCAAAGUGAAAAUGGACCCUAGUGAAGUCAAGGAAUUUGUAAGCAAAUUAAUGAUUACGCGUGGUCAAAGAAUGGCCAAUGAAGUGCUCAAAGGGUACUGGCUCAAGGUAAACAAACUAGUUGAUUAUCAAUAG